AACACUCGAAACACUAUUCCCUCUCAAAAACAACAGUCACUCAUUGUCAAGAUGAACAAAUACGUCAGUCUCAUAAUAUUCACCGUAUUUUGGGCCUUGUUCGCCGGAGUGGGCUGUAUCGUCGCCAAGUACUUCAAGGAGCGGACACUUAUACGCUGCUGCGUUCUCCUUACUGCCGCCUGCUGCUGGCUCGUGUGGCUUGUCACCUUCCUAAUGCAGCUGAAUCCUCUGGUUGGCCCCCGCCUGCAACAAAUGGAUAUUCUGGGCAUGUUGUCGUAUUGGGAAAGCUCGUAUAUACACAGCGAGCCCGACCCCUAGCCAAAAGCUGAGUCCCACCCAUCUCUGGCACCAGGCGCACAGUACAGUUAAAGAUGAAGUUUCUGAACGCAUUUCAAUUGUCAUUCAUUAUGCUAACUACAUUUUUCAA